UUUUUCUAUUUUUUUUAGUGCAUCACUAGUGUCACACACAAACUCCUUUUGCGUCAAAAUCACAAUCUUCAUUCCAAUUCCUUUUUACAAUGGAUGUUGAUUUUUUGGGUGUGUUCAUCACCAUGUUGAUGGCAAAACUGUCAGAUUAUACGGUCUCUGAACACUCGAACAGAUCUGCAGGAAUCAAAUCUGAUCAUCUGGACAGAUGGAAGGAAGCCUUGGUCAGCUUCCAAUCUUUGUUUGCUGCUGAUACAGGGUGUAAAAAAGCCUUGGAAGAAAGCCUUGGUCAACCAAUUCUUUCAGAUUGGCUACAUGGUGUCCAAGAUUUGGGGCACCACAUCUACGAUCUGCUUGAUGGUACAAGUUUAAAUGAAGAAUCUAAUUAUGCCAGCAGCAAGAAUAAGGUAUUAUUGGAUAUCAUCCCAACAGCUUGUUCUAGAUUUAAUGCUAGUAGUAACAACCAUAUUUCCGAGGCAGAUAUGAUCACCGAGCAAUUGGUAGAUUAUGUUAAUAAAAUGAAUGAACUAAGAUUAGUAAUUGUAAGGUCAGAUAAAGCAAGCACACCACCAAUAAAGUUUACUCAUUUAUUGCGGGAUAGGUCGCCAAUUGUGGGUCUGGAAAAGGAUAGAGAAGCAUUGCUCCACAAGUUGUUAGUCGAUGAUGAGGCAUGUAAACAAAAUGUCAACGUUGUGUCGGUAGUUGGUAUGGGUGGGAUAGGCAAAACCACCCUGGCUAAAACUUUGUACUAUGAUGACAAAGUGACUCAACACUUUGAUAUCAGGGCUUGGGUUUCUGUUUCUGUUACAGACAACUUCAAUGUAUUUCGAAUUAGCCAGGCUAUUUAUUAUACUGUGGAUGCACAACACAUCCAAGACCCAGCUGACCUAAAUCUGUUGCAAACGUCCCUUAAAAGAACUUUUUUUAAGAAAAGGUUCCUACUUGUUAUUGACAAUGUCUGGAACGUUAAGAACACAGAAUGGGAACUCUUCCAAGGCCCUUUUGCUCUAGCUGCUGCACCUGGAAGUAAAUUUAUUGUUACAACCCGGAACCCCAGGGUUGCAUCAGCUACAAAUUCUGUUGUAGCUUACCCACUAGAGGUUUUGCCAGAUGAGGAAGCUCUAUCGUUGUUUGCUCAAAAUGCCCUAGGCAAACCAAACUUUGAUUCACAUCCAACACUCAAGUUGCAUGGUGAAAGUAUCGUGAAAAGAUGUGACGGGUUACCUUUGGCUUUGGUAUCACUUGGUAUGAUGUUGCAUACAGAAAGGUCUGAUAAAGAAUGGAAGAAAUUGUUGAUUGAUUGGAUUUCGAAUGUAAGGAAUGAGAUUCUUCCUACUCUAAAACUGAGCUAUAAUGGUCUCCCUCCACACUUGAAGCAGAUGUUCGCAUAUUGCUCCUUAUUUCCCAAGGACUAUGUGUUCAACAAGAAGGAACUUGUUUUGAUGUGGAUGGCACUAGGAUUUCUGUACUUUUCAAAUACAAACAAGUCACCAGAGCAUUUGGGUCAUGAGUGUUUUGAAGAGCUGGAGUCCAAGCAUUUCUUUCAGAUUGAGAAAUCAUCAGGGUAUAAAAUGAACUACAUGAUAAAUGACUUGGCCACAAGUGUUGGGGAAGAAUAUUUCUAUAGGCUGGAUGAUCAGAUGGACACGAAAGAAGAUUUGGAGAAGGUCCACCACUUUUCUUUUACUCGACAACGGUUUGGAGUGUACAAAAAGUUCAAAGCAUUAAAAAAAGUUAGACGUCUGCAGACAUUUUUAGCAGUCUCGGUUAGCCUACAGGGUAGGCAGAAUUUGUUCUUGUUGAACAAUAUUCUUGUCGAAUUACUUCCGCAACUACAGUUUCUGAGGGUGCUAAGUCUAACUAACUAUUCAAUCACAGAGCUACCACAGUCGGUUAGCAGUCUCAAACAUAUGUGUUACCUCAACUGUUCUCAAACUAACAUCACAUAUUUGCCAGAAGCAGUGGCUGAACUUUAUAAUCUACAGAGCUUAUUACUUCGUGGUUGUAGAAAGUUGGAUCGCUUGCCCCACAGUUUUGUAAAGUUAGAACACCUACGACAUCUUGACAUUAGUGAUACUCCAAUGUUGAAAAAGAUACCCCUGGGGAUUGAAAAGUUGACGAAAUUGCAAACUCUAUCCAAGGUCAUUAUUGAAGAAACUAAUGGGUUUAAACUAUCCGAUCUUUAUAGCCUGGUUAAUCUUCAAGGUCACCUUUCCAUUGAGGGGCUACAAAAGGUAAAAGAUGCGAGUGAAGCAAGGGGUGCCAAUUUACAACAAAUGAAUGGCCUCGAAGUCUUGGAGCUGGAGUGGAGUGAUGUCGGUGAAACUCGUAAUGAGAUAACUGAUCAAGAAGUUCUUACAGAGCUAAGGCCUCAUGAUAAGUUGAAAAGCCUAAAGAUAUUGUUCUAUUCAGGAGACCAAUUUCCUAGUUGGAUCGGUGAUUCCUCGUUUGUUCAGUUAACAGAGAUCUCAUUAAGUGGCUGUAGAAGCUGUACAGAUCUACCAACACUUGGACACCUAGGGUCACUUGAAAAGUUGUUUGUUGAAAGCAUGGAUAAGGUGAAGACUAUACGUUUUGAUUUACCUGGAUCAGUUAAUUCAAGUCAUGUUAAUGCAUUUCCGUCUCUUAAAGUUUUGGAAUUUAAGGAUAUGCAGAAUUGGGAGGAAUGGUUAAUCCACGGUGGUGACAAGGAUGGAACUACAACAUUGUUUCCUAGUCUUCGUGAGAUUUAUGUCUCAAACUGUCCAAACCUUGCUGUAGUGUCAUUUGGCUCUGGAUUUCCAUCACUUGAUAUUUUGGAAUUUAAAAAUAUGCAAGGUUGGAAAGAAUGGUCAGGAACUACUGCAUCCUUUCCUCAUCUUAGACAGAUUUCUUUAGUAAAUUGUCUAAAACUUGUAGUCUCAAUUAAAUCAAUGCCGUCACUUCACCAGUUACAUAUACAAAAAUGUUCCAUAGCAGUGUUAAGUUACAUGGUUGGUCUGUCUUCAUCAAUUGUUAGUUUGACGGUGGAGAAUAUUAAAGAGCUUACUCAUCUACCUAAAGAAGUUCUGGAGCAUCUUGGAGAAGUUACAGAUCUAUGCAUCAAAUGGUGUGAUCAAAUGACAUACUUAUGGGUUUCAGAAUCAGAGGCUGGCAACUUUCUUGUUAGGUUACAGAAUUUGGACGUAUUUUACUGUAAAAAUUUGGUAUCAUUAUCACAGAAAGGGGUUAAUUUGGAUUCUAGCAUGAAAUCGGUUAAUAAAGUGCGUAUUCGUGACUGCGAAAGACUAAAGAAUUACGAUUGUCCAAAAAGUAUCGAGUGGUUGGAGAUUUGGAAUUGUUCUUCACUCGCAUCCUUGGAUUUUAUUCCAACUGUAGAGGAGACUUCUUCCACCCUGAAGUUUCUUGACAUUCAGCGAUGUUAUAAUUUGGAGGAAAAUUGGCUUUCCAACAACUUUUUGUCACCUCUUGAAUCUCUUGAAAUGGUUAGUUUGGUGAAAUUGAGAUACUUUCCCGAAGAACGCUUUCUUCACAUCACCAAACUGAUAAUCAGGGCUUGUGAUAACAUCAAAUCCAUUCCUGAUAAAGGUUUUGGUUCAAUUCCCCUUCGGCGUCUCGAGAUCAUUCAUUGCAAAAAUUUGAACUCAUUGCCUUAUCAACAACUCACAAGUCUCACAUCUAUGGAAGAGUUGGUGAUAAGUCAUUGUCCGCUACUCGAUGACACAUUCCCUUGUGGUUCAUGGCCUCCUAACUUAAGUAUUCUAACAAUAGGGGGGUUAAAUAAGCCCAUGUCAAAGUGGGGGACUCAAAAUUUUCCACCCUCACUUGUUACGUUAUACUUGCAUGGCCAAAAUGCAGGAGUGGAUCCGUUUGCAGAGGCAGACAGUAUGCCAAAUUUUUAUCUUCCAAAAAGUCUAACCUUUCUGGAGAUAAAUGGUUUUGUUAAUUUGAAAUCACUUUCAAAGGGGCUACAACACCUGACCAGCCUUGAAGGACUUGUAAUCGAUUCAUGCCCAAAACUCGUUGAUCUGCCGCCAGAGGAACUACUUGAAAAACUGUUAAGUUUGAAAGUAUAUUAUUGCCCAAAACUGCAACAAAAGUGUCAUAGUAAAAAAGGAAACUACCGACACAUCCUCUCCCAAAUCCCUGAACUUUACGUCUAAUUCAUACGGGUGUAGACUGUAGAAUUGGUGCAAGAAGGGCAAUCAAAGUUGUAGAAAUGGGGUUGAGAGCUUUCCAUGAAUCGGGAGAGACACGAACACUUGUUUCGGGUUGAUUAUGGUUCAACCAUUAUGUAAUUGUUCUACUAUUUUAAUACUUGUAUUUGCUUGUUCAAAUUAUUGUGGUUUCUAUCUGCAUUAUAUUGUUGUUAGAAGAACAUGAAGUUUGAUUUAUUGUGUCUAAUGGUCUAAGUGAAUGAUAUUGUCAGAACCUGUUGUAUUUAUUCA